GGCAGGGAUCAAAUCUAAAGUGCUAUCUUCAUAAUUUCUUUGCUGCUCCUGUGGACUCCUACCGGCACGUUCUAACAAAUCGGCUCCAUGGCUGGGCCCCAGGAACUGCUACCUCGCUGGCUGGUAGACCAUCACGUCGAGGUAGCUCCGACUCCACCUGAGCGCAUCCACUUAAGUGACUGGGACGACGGGUUCACGCCCUCUGGUUGCAACGGACGUCCGGGAAAAAUCGUGCGCGACUUUCCCAGAGACCACCCAGGGACAUUCGCUGUUGUUGAUGCAGCGGUGAGCGAGCGCACAGCCGAUCUCUUAUACGCCAGUGCUGUUAAAGCGACAGUAUGGGGCGUCUACGUGCCUGUCAGUGAGCUGCAGCUGGAAACCGCUUCGGAACUGGAGCAAGACGAAGCGGAGGACCCAGCGGCCUACCGUCGCGCUUUGGCUCGCCGUACAGUGCAGGAGUUUCUUAUAGAGAAGGAUGCAGGGCAAUGCAUCUCCAAGAGCGACUGGGACCGCACACAUGGAGUGGCAGUUUGGGUCAUUGCGUCGGGCUGUGACGACGAGACGGAGUACCAUUUGGACUAUGCCGAACAGGUCCGAUACGAGAGCAAUGUGAUCUUUCCACCCAUUUACGGGGCCACACUGCACGUGAGUCCACUGCAUAAUGAAGCUAAUGAUGAGGCAACUCCGAAUCAAGAACGCAGGACGAACUCGUUCGAAGGAGGGGGAUUCCACGUGAAUCUGACGGGAUUACCACACUAUGAUAAGUACGGCUAUAAGACGCGCAAGCAGCCACAUCGGCUAUCUACAGACGAGCUGGAGACGUUGAGUAAACGCGAGUCGGGAUGGAAGCACGUAGCGUACAAAUAUCGUCGCGGAAUCCUGUGUGACGGUGAAUUCCCUCACUUUAGUGGCCGAGUACGCACGCUUCCGUCAUCUCCGGUAGAUGCGGAUUCAUAUCUCCCAAUGAAGCGCGUGGUGGUGGGUUUUAAUCUGUUUCCUAGCGAGAUCGGCGCGUGCGUGGCCAAAUUCCCUGAACACAGUGGCGCCUUUAACCGAUACGUCAAGCUCUCACAGGCUGCUGUAAAGCAGACGAAGCUGCUGUCGACUACGAGCAACAAGGGCGGCUGGACACUGGAGAGUGUGCGUGCGAACCCAAAGCAAGCGGCGUUUCUAAAGCUGCUAGCACGCAAAGUGCGCGAGAAUCAGCAGAAGGUAGCAGCGUCCAAAGCCUAAUCGAAAGACGAGACUGAGAACAAGUCAUUCAGGACUUGUGGCCAUUUCUAACUGACUCAAUUGGUUAGAAACGUAAGCUAUUGACUGUAGACUGUUAGUUGUGGCGGAAGAACUUGAGACUGACCCAGUUGGCGUAGCAGGCCAAAAUGGUCACAGGGAUCGUGAGAGGCACCAGGUAGCGGUAGUACACGUCUCUCUCCAGAGCCAACAACAGACUGGAGCUUUGUGCUUCUUGCCCUGAAUUGGGGAGUGUGGUGUCGUCAACCUCUUUAGUUGGAGUAGAAGCAGCCUCUGGGAGCAGCAGUAGCAGCUUGGAGAAGACCAUGACGUACCUGUCACGAACAGCAGCAGUCAUUUGAAAUGAAGGGGUUUAUUGGAGGUGCAUGCAACGCUAACUGCGGUCUUACAUGGAUGAGAUGAAGGCCAGCGCCGCCGUCAGCACAAUCACGUAGCCCCAGACGUGGCUUGUGGAACCUGCACGUCGCGCCGCCACCUUCGCCAUUAUCGAGGGCUUUACCAAAUGGGGUCUCUUAUUGAAGUGGUAACGGUAGUACAUCAUAAGGGGUGUUGCACACUAAAUAAGGUUUUAAACACAUCAUAGCCUUGUUGAAGUUUUUUUUAAAGUAUUAUAUAACAGACGAAUGCAGG